AGCGAUCUGCACGUUCAGUGCAGCAUUGCGACACGCACGAGAGAGCCGUUUUGCGUGUGCGAUUGUGCGGUGAGAUAAGGAGCCGCGAAUCGAGAGCAUGGAGAAACCCAUAGUGAGAGCGAGAGUGGUGAAGGUUCUCGGUAGAACGGGAUCUCAGGGACAAUGCACGCAGGUCAAAGUGGAAUUCCUGAACGAGCAGAACAGGCAGCUUAUCAGGAAUGUCAAAGGUCCCGUGCGCGAAGGGGACAUUCUGACGUUGCUGGAAUCCGAACGAGAGGCCAGGAGACUCCGCUGAACCGAAGGAAACAAUUCGUCGCGUGCUUGAUGGAAGAAAACUGGUGUGACGCAUCAAAAGAGCGGAAAUUAAAUAUUGAUAUUCUGACCGCAAGCACGUCGACGAAGACGAGGAGGAAGGAGCUGCGACUGGUUCUUGCGUUUUAUCACGUCUAUUUUUAAAUUUUGAAACAAUGUACCAAACAAAGAAAAAAACACAUGUGUUCUAUUUAUGUUUGCGAAAAGUGGAAUUUGCUUAUUCUCUGUUAUAGCCUCUGUUUUGUCUUUCCACUUUUAGCAUACCAAUAAAUUACAGUUUAUAUAUAUAUCA